AUGGCUCGCGUGAACGCUUGUUCCCUAGCGUUGCUGCUCUCUUGCUGCAUUCUGUCAGGUGCUGCAGAAGCGGCGGUGUACGACGUCGCCGGCUUCGGAGCGAAGCCUGACGGCCGGACGGACUCGUCCACCGCGUUCGCCGAUGCCUGGUCCGCCGCCUGCCGGUCGCUGGAGCCGGCGACCGUGUACGUGCCGCACGGGGAGUUCCUGCUCAGCCGCGCGGCCUUCGCGGGCCCGUGCUCAAGCAGGGUGACAGUUCAGAUCGAUGGCACGCUUGUCGCGCCGUCAGGCUACACCAGCCGUGGCGGCAGCGGGGACGUCUGGAUCGUGUUCGACCACGUCGACGGCCUCACCAUGUCGGGCGGCACCCUCGACGGCCGCGGCCCGGCGCUGUGGGCGUGCAAGGCGGCCGGGCACGGUGGCUGCCCCAGCGGCGCAACAUCGCUGACGGUGCUGAACUCGCGGGACGUGGUGAUCCGCGGCCUGAGGUCGGUGGACAGCGAGCUGUACCACGUCGUGAUCGACGGCUGCGAGCGCGUGGCGGUGGAGGACGUCGGGAUCGUGGCGCCGGGGAGCAGCCCCAACACGGACGGGAUCCACGUGCAGGCGUCGUCCGGGGUCACGGUCACCCGGGCCAGCAUCCAGACCGGGGACGACUGCGUCUCCGUCGGCCCCGGCACGGCCAACCUGCGCGUUGAGCAUGUCAGCUGCGGCCCGGGCCACGGCAUAAGCAUCGGGAGCCUGGGGAAGGAGAGCGAGGAGGCGGGCGUGGAGAACGUGACGGUGGCCGGGGCGUCCUUCGUCGGCACGGAGAACGGGCUGCGGAUCAAGACGUGGGGGCGGGCGGCGGUGGAGGGCGCGUACGUGCGCGGCGUCGUCUUCGAGCACGCGUUCAUGCACGACGUGCGCAACCCCAUCAUCAUAGAUCAGAACUACUGCCCCAACCACAUAUGCCCCCAUCAGAGCUCGGCGGUGAAGAUCAGCGACGUGAGGUACACGGACAUCCGGGGCUCGUCGGCGUCGCAGGUGGCGGUGAAGUUCGACUGCAGCGCGACCAACCCGUGCAGCGGGAUCGGCCUCCGGGACAUCAAGCUCACCUUGGACGGCGGCAAGCCGGCAGAGGCGACUUGCCAGCACGCCGACGGCAAGGCUUCAGGCUAUGUCGAGCCUCCAAGUUGCUUGUGACGCGUUACAUACAAAAUCGUGUGACGUGAAGCACUUCGCACAUACAGAUCGUCAGACGAUA